UACAGCCCCAAGAAACCUUAACCAUUUAUACCCAGCUCUGUCUUUGAGCCAAGACCAGCUAGCAAGACUCUGUUUGAUUUGUUGACAAGUAAGAAAUGGGUUCUGUUUCUUCAUCAACUGUUAUAGCAGAAAAGAUCUCUUGGUACUGUGCUUUGUUGAUGGCACUAAUGCUCGUUUUGAGCUGCUGUGAAGUGAGCGAAACCGAAUUGUCCACGGUUGGGCACCCGAGGAUUUUUCAGAACAAGCCAUGCGAUGAGAUUUACGUGGUUCGAGAAGGUGAGACUUUAAACACUAUUAGUGAGAAAUGUGGGGAUCCUUAUAUUGUUGAGGAAAAUCCACACAUUCAUGACCCAGAUGAUGUUUUCCCUGGCCUGGUCAUCAAGAUUACUCCUUUCAUCGAUAGGUAUACUCCAGAUGAUGUAUCAUCUCCGAUGAGAUGGUUUGUAUAAUUGCUUUUAAAUGUUUACCUUUAUGUAAUCCUUGAAGACACAAAAACAUGGAGGGAGCUGUGUAUAUUUCUUCUCCCCUUGUGCUUAGACACUUGGUGGUGCUCCAGCUUGUCCUCAUGAAAUCAAUGGAAGAAAAUUUUUUACA